CAUCUUAUCCCCAAAUCAACUCUCUUAGAAGGUCCAUAGAACUAGGACAUUUACUAUCAUUACUUAUAUACAACUGAUCGCAAAACCCGGCACUUUCUGUCAUUUCCGACUAGUCCUUCAAAAUGCGCGUUCAGCAAAGCGUUCUCGCUUCUCUCGUCCCCGGCCUUGUCGCCGCCAUCACCCCGCCGAACAUCCCGGGAAUGCAAAUCAUUUUCUCCGAAUCCUUUGAGGGAUUACCAGGCGCCCCUCCCAACGGUGACACGUGGAACAUUAUGGAUGCGAUUAACACCAACAACGAAGUCCAGACAUACACCACCUCGAACCAGAACGUCCAGAUUAGCGGCGGCGGUACCAUUCAGUUUGUCCCUCGAAAAUCUCCCGCCGGCCUUUGGACGUCCGGUCGUAUCGAGACUAAGGGAUCAUGGACCCCCCAACCCGGCAAGGUCUUCAGUAUCCAGUCUAGCCUCCUGUUAGGAAAUAACCCCAACAAGCAAGGUAUCUGGCCUGCCUUCUGGGCACUCGGCGAUGCCAUGCGCCACGGCACAGAAUGGCCUGCCGCUGGAGAAAUAGAUAUCAUGGAACAGGUAAACGGACUACUUACCGGCUAUGGUACCAUCCACUGCGGCAGUUCCAUUGGUGGCCCUUGCAACGAGCCCAUGGGACGUGCCGGCACGACUCCCAUGUCUCCUGACGGUUUCCACACAUGGGGUGUCACGAUUGAUCUCACCAACGAAGACUGGCGAGCGCAGACCAUCACAUGGCACUUGGAUGGCAAAAACUACAAUACUAUUUCUGGAGGUGAUAUCAAUGAUGCCCCCGUUUGGUCUUCUCUGGCUCACAGCCCCUUGUACAUCCUUCUUAAUGUUGCUGUCGGCGGUGACUGGCCAGGUGCACCCAAUGGUGUUACGCAAGAUGGCUAUGGCAGCAUGAUGGAAGUCGAAUGGGUUGCCGUCUACUCGUCUUAGACAAUAUUGCCCAAUUGGUAUCUCAAAAUAAAAGCGGGUGUAUAUACGGGAAAUUGGCGUUUGUCAGAUAUCGGGUUCAGGAUUUUUGGAUGAAGCGCUCAAGAUACCUCUAUGUGUUACGUUUUUUUUUCUUCUCUUCUACAUUGUCCCAGGAGGCAAGGCUUAGCCAUUUUAGUAGUCACAUCCGCUUUAGAAGUAUAGCAGAUGUCUAUCUUGCUUCAAUUAAACAUGAUGAAAUGGGGUAUGUGGUUCAACUUGUUGGACGCAUUUACAAUUCUGUCGAUAUUUCUUGUUUCUAUUGACAAAUGCCUUGAUGCGCCAUCUA